AUGGGCGACAAUGUUGUGGAAGCUCCAAACUGGCCAGCUCCGGUAGCUGAAGUAGGAGAAAAAACCGUUUUUCAAAGAAUGUUCCACUUUGGAACUAUUUUCGCCUUUUCCACAAUCACGAUGAUUGGCGCUGUAACCACAUUCUUUUCUCUUCAAUGGAUGCCAGUGAAUUCAUACAUUGGCCUUUUCAAUACACUUGCAUUCCUUCUCUGGAACUAUUUGACGAUAGGAAAUUUAUUCAAUGCUUCAUUUUUCGGUCCGGGAUACGUUCCACGGGGCUGGAAGCCAGAAAACAAAGAACACGAAAAGAAGCUACAGUUCUGUGUACCUUGUAAUGGAUUCAAGGUGCCACGAUCUCAUCACUGUUCGAAAUGCAACCGAUGCUGUAUGAAAAUGGACCAUCAUUGUCCUUGGAUCAACAACUGCGUUGGUCACCGAAACCACCAAUACUUCCUUCGAUUCUUGUUUUUCUCAGUUGUUGGGUGCAUUCAUGCAGUUAUUAUCGAUGGUUCAGCGAUGUAUCAUGCAUUCUUCGCUGGAUGGUAUCAGAGAUACGGUGAUGGAACUGAACCAAUUAUUUUUCUCACUCCAAUUUCAUUUGUUGCCGUUAUUUUUGCAUUUGCUAUGGCUUGUGCUGUUGCUCUCGCUCUCACUUUCCUAUUUAUCACACAACUCCGAUAUGUGAUCCGUAACAAGAAUGGAAUCGAAGAUUAUAUCCAUGGCAAGUCAUUGAAUAUGAGAAAAAUUCUGGAUGAAGAAGACGAAGAAGAGGUCGAAUGGAUCCGAAGCUUAGGAGAGUGGAAAUACCCAUACGAUCUUGGUUGGAAGAGAAACUUAAGCGAAGUUUUUAUUGGGAUUUUUGAUGGCAGAACCAAAGGAAAUGGUACUUGGUGGCCAGUUAUUAAAGGAUGUUCACAGUUUACAUUUACUAUUGAUCAACUUCUUCAAAAGCAGUCUAAGCGCGGCCGUGCUCGAAUUGUAGACAUCGGAGAAGAUUUUGAAGGAAAAUGUUGUUCAUCUCGUAAAUUUGGAUGGAAGAUAUGGAUGAAACAACCAAUCAUCGAUGGAAAAUGCCUCAAAGUGUCCGAAGGAGAAACCAUUAUUGCAACUCGCGGAGUUUCUGGAUGGGUGUAUGGGUUCCGAGAAUCAGACACACGAAAUAAGGGAUGGUUCCCAAUUGCUAUCACAAAUCUCAAACGAAACGGGGAUCCUAAAACCGAACAAACUGCCAGCAGUGAAGAAGAUGUGAAAACUGAUGACACUUUGUCAUCUGAAGAGAAAAAGGAUCAAUGA